AUGGCGUCCCUUCUGAACAAUGCUAAAGCACUUCUUGCUGGUAUUAACUAUCACAUGCGUCGUCUCAACAAUCAGGCUUUCGAUUCAGAUCUCGAUUCCGAUUCGGAUUCGGAUUCGGAUUCAGAUUUGGAUUCUGAAAGGAUGAUUGAACCACGCGACCUCUUUUUCAAUGUGAAUACGAUUCAGAAGACUGUUGAAAAUGAUAAGAAAGCUCGCUUUCGUGAUGCUGCUCGUCGUUUGAUGCCGAGACGCCGAGGAGGAAGAUGCAGCGCUUACAAAAUGCACCCGGGAUGCUUUGCCGAAAAGUUCAAUUGCGAUUUCACGAAGAUUUUGAUCGAUCGGCAACUAUUCGCUCGUGGUGGAGCUGAUUACAUUCGCCCACUGGGGUCAAUGCGUUAUGCUCUCGAUGUUCUUGACAAAUACGGGGACAAUGCCUGGCUCGGAUACGUUGAGCGCCCAAUUGAGUGCGGCUCUCUUCAUGGCGAAUGGCCAGUUGCUUAUCAUGGAACAACGGAUCCGCGUGCUGCAUCAAUUGUUGCUAGCGGUGGACUUGAUUUGCACGAUGGAAAAAGCUACAAGUUGAUCGUCCAGGCUCGUGUCGAUCCAUCUCAUCGUGAAAUUGUGCCCAAGUCUCAACACGGUAUUGCUGGCCUUGAUGAUUACUGGAUUAUCAAGAAAAAUGAUGCCAUUCGUCCAUAUGGAAUCUGUGUCUUUCCGUGU